GCUAGUUUUUGAAAAAGUGAAAGUGAGAAGUGAACAUGGAACCGUUCAAUCCUGAAUAUCACGAUGUCAUUGGAGUCGCUUACAGACAAGCUCGAAUGACUCCGAUGCCGUCCGAGGACAACAUGGAUUCUGUAGCUGUCUUCGAGUCCCCGGUGCCACUUACCCGGAAAACAUCGCUGCGCCAGUCGAUCAGAGAGCGUCUUCCAUUACGAACCCUGAACGGCAAGGGAAAGGUCGUUAAAAACGCUUUCUCAUCUUUGAAAGCGAAACUUGCUGGUACACAUAAAUAUCAGAUAAAACGACUGGAUGCGACGUCCCCAUAUAAGUCUCCUAAGACACCGCGAAAUGGGCGAAGGCAGAGAUUCGUCAACUCUCCAUACACGCCGGAAAAUCAACUGGAAACACCGGGAGCUAAAUGGAAGAAAUACCGGGUAAUAGACUCAACAUCGCCGAUAUCACCAAUGAUGGAUCUACGCAGGUCAGAACGUAUAUCAAAGAGACAAGCCACGCCGGGUCGUAGAGUGAGGAAAAACUACACUCCAAGAAGAUUUCAGAUUGAUACCAGUCCUGGAAGUUUUCAGAAAGACCUGAAUAAAAUGACUGAUCAGUUCAGUGAACAUUUCACUGCAAUCACAAGUGGAAUGAAAGAGUUUGAGAAGAUGGCAGACAAUCUGAGUGAUUCUCUGGAUAAACAAGAACACACUGCCCAUGAUGAUAGUGGCGUUUCCCUGUCAGAAUCAAGCAGUGACAUUGCUGUGACAACAGAUGGUAAGAAUCGGCGUUCCACUCGUCGCACGUCCUACCUGGCAGCACAGCUGACAGAAGCCGACGAAAUUGUUGAAACUGAUCAUGAUCUCAUGGUAUUCGGGGAAUCUGAAAACCUGAUAUAAUUCAGUAUCUGAUACCAAGACAUUACCAUACUUGGAAUUCUUUUAUUUACCAUAUACGGUAAUAUAGAUAUUUCAUUUGCAUAUGUGCUCUAUCAUAAUGCCAAUGUCUGAUUACUUACUUCAUUAUACAGGGAAGUGUACUUCAUCUCACUUCAAUUAUUAUUGUCUAUUCUUGCAUUAUUCAGAAAAUCUGUUUGUGUAAAGUUUUCAUUGUUUCUUCUCUGUCCUCUCUAUUAUUAUUACUGACAAUGUAUUCAGAGCACUAGAGACCCAAAAUCACUAUAUCAGAGGUCUCAUUACAGUUCAGACCAUGCAGCAGCACGCUGUGUGGCGACUGUAGCACUUCCAAUUUGCAAUUUGUUAGUCGCUGCCAACAGUGUAUCAGGUGAGGCAUGGGUUAGCCUUGUUUAAAGUUCCAACACUUCUCAUAUGUUCCAUAUUCCUUCACACAUGAAUGAAUACACAUAAUAUUAAUUUAUUUGCUAAGCAAAAAUGUCUUCUUUUUUUUUCGUUUUUAAAACUAAGUUCAAAGCUGUACUAUUUGAUUAUGACCUUUGAAAGCAACAUACUGCAGUUGGCGUUCAUCAUUGUAUGAAUUUCAUGUGAACAAAACCUUUCCCAUGUGUUGUACAAAACCAUAUUGUGUAUGAUGACUGCCGUUUAUGUUACCAAUCAAUGAAACAUUUUAACAAAGUGCAUUUAUGGUGACAAUUUUAUUAGUUUUGGUCAAGGCACGCAAGUGUUGCUACAACAUGCUACAUUCUCAUUUUGUAAUGUUUGAUAUAUUUUAGGAUAAAUCAAUUUGUUUUGUGCAAUGACAAUUUGUUCAUACCUUCUUUUUUUUUAUCCUUCACCAGGUGGUUUAGAACCAUUAUGAAUGGUCAUUUUUUUUUUAAUAUUGAGAUUUGAAGACAAUGUUGCUGCCAACAAACUAUGAAUUUUAUCUCACUGUAACUACCAUAUCAGUAUUUUAUUUUAGAAAUAUAUUUUUAUUACUUUAAUUCGUGUUUUGUUUUUAUUAGAUCACUUUAUGUGUUGUAUGCACCACUGCCAGUACCACACAGCAAUAUUUACCCAUCAUGCAAUGCAAUUUUUUUUUUGUUAACUGGAAUGCAAAAUAGUGCAUCAAUUUUUUAGUGCAAUGUCUGUAUAAUUUUUAUUUAAUUUUUUUAGUACAUGUACUUUAUUUUUUUAUUUUACUGCACAACAUUUCAGAAAAUUUAUCUUGUAAUAUUGUAAUAAUU